AUGGCCGCCGCGGCGGGCCCAACAACCACAGUCGAGAUCGUGGAUUACAGCACUGUCCAUGCGACAAGCACGAUCUAUGUGGCUCCUGCAUCCACAACGAGCUCGGGGUCGUCAACGGAGAAUCUGGGGCAUGCUCAGCCGUACGGCGAGUUCCCGACUCAUCAAAUGAUCUGCCUGGCCGGCUUUCUGGUGCUAUCGGUUGGAGCGAACCUCCUCUCAUGCAUGUUGCUGCAAGUCUUCCACUGGGCGAUUCUCCAGUCGGGUCACAUCCAGCGGGCCCGCCUCUACUAG